AUGGACAAAGGAGUUACUACCCACCGACAAGUUGCACGAUGGGCCAACAAGACCAGUGGUUUGGCUCGGGUUUUCGCUACUUACGCGCAAGGUUCUGCGAUGGCUGAUGCCAUUGCAGAAGCUACACAAGGACCGGUAAAAAAACUCAAGAGGAAACGCAUCAAGGCUCUUGGCCGAAAACCGACUCAAUCUUUCCCCCUGAUUGAAGACCCCAAGAGUGCUUUGAUAAAACGAAAAGUCCCUGUUGAAAUGGUUUGUUUAGAAGGUGUUACUUUGUCUGAGGAGGCCCUCAUUUUAGGUUUUAAGAAAAUGCGGACCGAGGAUCGAGAAAAGUGGGUGGAAGACAUCAAGGCUGGCCUUUUUCGUUUGAAAAACAUCGAAGGAGUUGAAGAAUCAGACUCUGAGGGAGUGGCUCUUAAUGCCGAAGAUUUGGCAGAGAUUGAGAAAUCAAUGGAUGAAGAUCACAAUAUGAACGAAAAAGAAAAAACUGGUGGUAGUGAUAGUGAAGACCAUAAUAUGGAGGAAGAGGGGCAAGAUGUUUGA